AUGGGAUUGGAGCUUAAAUUGGACUUUCUGGGGCUGGAUAAUCCUCCUGUGGUCCUACAGGGGCUGGAUAAUCCUCCUGUGGUCCUACAGGGGCUGGAUAAUCCUCCUGUGGUCCUACAGGGGCUGGAUAAUCCUCCUGUGGUCCUACAGGGGCUGGAUAAUCCUCCUGUGGUCCUACAGGGGCUGGAUAAUCCUCCUGUGGUCCUACAGGGCCUGGAUAAUCCUCCUGUGGUCCUACAGGGCCUGGAUAAUCCUCCUGUGGUCCUACAGGGCCUGGAUAAUCCUCCUGUGGUCCUACAGGGCCUGGAUAAUCCUCCUGUGGUCCUACAGGGCCUGGAUAAUCCUCCUGUGGUCCUACAGGGCCUGGAUAAUCCUCCUGUGGUCCUACAGGGCCUGGAUAAUCCUCCUGUGGUCCUACAGGGCCUGGAUAAUCCUCCUGUGGUCCUACAGGGCCUGGAUAAUCCUCCUGUGGUCCUACAGGGCCUGGAUAAUCCUCCUGUGGUCCUACAGGGCCUGGAUAAUCCUCCUGUGGUCCUACAGGGCCUGGAUAAUCCUCCUGUGGUCCUACAGGGCCUGGAUAAUCCUCCUGUGGUCCUACAGGGCCUGGAUAAUCCUCCUGUGGUCCUACAGGGCCUGGAUAAUCCUCCUGUGGUCCUACAGGGCCUGGAUAAUCCUCCUGUGGUCCUACAGGGCCUGGAUAAUCCUCCUGUGGUCCUACAGGGCCUGGAUAAUCCUCCUGUGGUCAUUACAUGCUCUUCCAUCUUGGAGCUGUAG